UCGUAUACGUUUCCAGUACGUGUUUAGCGAUCCUACUGUGCCAGUUUGAUCGGAAAAGGGAACGAGAUAAAAUCACCAUCGAUUGGCCAAUUAACCGGCGCCCCUUGUCGGACAAUCGUGCCUCGACUGCAUUCGAGACCAAUCGUUAUCUCUGUGUGAUAUCGUGAUAUUACCGUAUACCGGUUAAGGCAAUCGUCCACACCUGUCACGCCACUUGAUCUCGAUCCUCGUCUUUUCUGGUUAGACAUGUACGGUCGUUUCGUCGCAGUGAACGAUUUUAGUUUAUUUCAUUGCUAUUACUCUCUUUGUUAUUUCGUUAUCAACACGUUGACUGUCGUGCGAAUUUGACAUACUCUGUGUUGGCAGCGGCGACAAAUUGAAAUGUCGAUGGUUUACUCUACAAAUAAUUAGGAAAGAAGACGAAAGAAAAAGACGAUGGUUGUCUUAAAGGGGACGUUUUAAAGGGGAGCGAGUUCUCGAGUUUACGUAAUCGUGUUUUAGACGAUUGUAUACACGGUGACUUGGAAAUCGUACUGUAAUAGGAAAAGAGGUGAUUCUCCGUGUAGAAACAAAUCGAAAACGUAGAAUAACGAUCUUCGGAAAUUCACCAACCUACUCGGGCAGAAAGUUAUUCCAAGAAAAAGAUGCUUCUGAACAAUGCGAGUAAAAUGGUUCCGGGAGAAAUGGUUGGAAAAUCGUGCGCUGCGACGAACGUUUCGUGGAAAGAUGGAAAGUAAUUUGGUAAAUCGAAGGUGGCGUGUCUAAAAGUCGAUUUUUCGAUCGAAAGUUGCGCGAGUGAGGGAAACGAGAAAAUUUCUCGAUGGUUCUUCGUGGUUUGCUGGCACCAGCGGCGGCGCGAUGGACACGAAAUAAAACAACGAAAAGGGGUCAAGAGAAGCAGGCAGCCGGACAAUUAGGAUUAUCACGUUAUGGACCGCAGGUGAUGAGUGUGUUGUGUUUAUGCACCACGAUACACCAGACGGGUCAGAACAACAAUCAGGCUAGCAAGAUACUUCCGAGCACACCACCGAUCUCAUCUGAGGAAGAGAGGAUAAACUCGUCGCAGGAAAUACCCACCGACGAACUGGCUCUAUUAGCUAAGCUGGAGGAAGCCAAUAGGCUUAUCGAAUCGGAUGCAAAGUCGUUGAACUCGCUCCAAAGCAAUCACAGUAGAAAAGGUUCCGACACAUCUCAGGUGUCCGUGGCGUCGGGGGGCAGCGGAGGAAACGGCGAUGCCGCACCCCGACGCCACAAUUCAGCUGAUGGUGAAGAGAAUACGUGGACCCUAUGGGGUCACAUCGUCGCUGAUUGGGAUUAUCAUUGGAAGAAGAGGAAAGAGUUCGUCAAAGAAUUAGUACGUCAAGGAAUACCUCAUCAUUUUAGAGGUAUUGUUUGGCAACUAUUAAGUGGUGCUCAUGACUCUCCUGUGAAAAAGCAAUUUGCUGAGUAUAUCAAGGCUACGUCAGCAUGCGAAAGGAUAAUCAGGAGGGAUAUAGCCAGAACGUAUCCUGAGCAUGAUUUCUUUAAGGAGAAAGACGGACUUGGUCAGGAGAGUCUAUUUAACGUUAUGAAAGCGUAUAGUCUUCAUGAUCGUGAAGUGGGAUACUGUCAAGGUUCGGGAUUUAUUGUAGGAUUACUCCUUAUGCAGCAAAUGCCAGAAGAAGAAGCUUUCGCUGUACUGGUAGCGCUUAUGCAAGAGUAUCGUUUGCGAGACAUGUUCAAGCCGAGUAUGGCUGAAUUAGGGGUGUGCAUGUAUCAGCUAGAACAUUUAGUUGCUGACACUCAUCCCGAGUUACACGCUCAUUUUACGGCUCAAGGUUUUCACACGUCAAUGUACGCGUCGUCUUGGUUUCUUACGCUUUUUACCACAGCGCUCAGCCUACCGCUGGCCUGCCGCAUUUUUGACGUGUUUCUGUCCGAAGGCAUGGAAAUUAUUUUCAAAGUUGCACUGGCCAUGUUGCAUUUAGGCAAGGAAGAUUUGUUAAGCUUGGACAUGGAAGGCAUGUUGAAGUUCUUUCAGAAACAUCUACCUGGAAGAGGCGAAAAAGAUCCUGAUGGUCUCAUGAAUCUUGCCUAUGGUAUGAAAAUAAAUCCGAAAAGAAUGAAGAAACUUGAGAAAGAUUAUACUGUGCUGAAAAUGAAAGAGCAAGAGGAGAUGGUUGAACUUCGUAGGCUUAGAGCAGAAAAUAGGUUACUUAGGCAAAGAACUGAACUUCUGGAAGCUGAGUCCGCGGAGUUGGCAGAUAGAUUAGUCAGAGGUCAAGUUUCUCGAGCAGAAGAGGAGGAAACUGCUUUCGUUGUACAAAGAGAAUUAGCAGCUCUUCGACACACGCAUCUUGAAACAAGUCAUCAGCUUGAGCAAGCUCACGAAGAACUAAGAUCAUUGUCGCUUCUGCUAGAAGAAAAUGUGACAUCGAAACAAUCCUCUUUGGAUGAAAUUUUGUCAAAGCAGGAAGCAUUGUCACAAAAAGAGGAAAUGAUACAGUGUUUGCAAGAGGAAUUGGUAAGAGUUCGACUACACGAAGCAGAGAACGACGCAACGAUAAGAGAACUUAGAGCAAGAAUACAAGAAUUGGAACAGGAUAAAAAGACGUUGCGUGAAUCAACGCCGGAUAAUUCUGUUGCUCAUUUACAAGAAGAACUGAUUGCUGUGAAACUAAGAGAAGCAGAAGCUAAUCUCUCUUUAAAGGAUCUUCGGCAAAGAGUAGUGGAAUUGAGCAGUGCCUGGCAAAGGCAUCUGCAAGAACAUCGUUCCGCUCAGAAUCAACCUGCAAGCGAUUCCACGCCGAAGAAACUUUUGUUUUGGGAGAACCGAGGACAUGAAGUGCAAAAGUUCGAAGAGGAUUUAAUGACAACCAGAAUUCGAGAGAUGGAAGCUUUGACAGAAGUGAAGGAGCUUAGACUUAAGGUCAUGGAGCUUGAGACUCAAGUGCAAGUUGCCACGAAUCAACUUCGUCGACAAGACGAAGGAGGGAAAUUAAUUAAAGAGGAAUUAGAGGCUGCCUUAGCUAGGGAGAAGGAACUUACUGCCAAACUACGGGAGCAACAACAUAAGUAUUCCGAUCUGGAGUCUAAGAUGAAGGAUGAAGCUAUGAUGGCUAGGAUACGUGAUGCAGAGCAUGCGCAGCAAGUGGCAGAACUCACCCAGAAAAUAUCUCUUCUUGAAUUAAAAAAUGAAGAGAUGCACGCGGAAGGUGAGCUUAGAAAUAAUUUAGAUGACAGUGAGAGAGUCAGAGAAUUGCAAGAUAAAGUUGCAGAAUUAAAAGCUGAGGUCAUGAGGCUAGAAAGCUGGAAGCAACGUUGGACAGGCAAUGGUGGGCAAAAUGUAAGAAGUUUCAGUGUUGACACUGAAAGCGAGCUGGACGAGCGGGAUCUCAGAAUUUGUUUACAGGAUCAUAUCAAUGCAACUACACAGAACUCACCAGAGAUUAUUGAAAGUGAAAGUGAAACCGAACGAGAUAAUCGGGAGUACAGUUGUAAAACUUAAAUAGCCCGGAUAGCUCGUUCCUUAUAGCGAGGACGUGAUAAUUACUUCCAACGUAAGUAGUUGCGCAAAUCAGAACGUCAAACUGCUUUUAUCUCAAUUUUUUUUUAUUCAUGGAUUCGUAUUUUUUUUGUUCAUUUCUUUUUUCGGUUUAUUUUCAGCUUAAUCAAACCCUUAACGAUCCAUUCUCGUUCCUGCAAUGAUUGUACGUGUUUUCAGACGGUUUAAAAAUUCAAGUAAAUAUCCUAAACGUAUUUGCUUUUAAGAUAAGGGGAGCAGCUGAUCGAUAAGGAGAGCAACUUUUCAUUAUCGUUCCAUAAUGAUACACAAUACAUAAUUUUCAGCCAUUUCGGCUUCGUUUUAUCACUUUGUCUCUUCUUUCGUUCUUUUUCUUUUUUUUCAUUUGACAAGUGCAAUCUUUAUUUAUGCUCAUUAACGUAUCUUCAGAAGAGUGUUAAUAAAAAGUAUGUAUAUUGAAAAAUGAUCUUAUGGGACAUUGUAAAUAGGCAAUUUUGUUAUCGAUUAUUCUUUUGACUAGAUUUUGAAACACAAAAAUAUCUUCAGUGAUAUAAUAUUUAUAAACUUAAAGUAUGAUUCGUGCAUAAUGCAUGAACUUGGCAAAAUUUUUAUUACUCAUAAAGAGAUAACAAACUAGAGAUUGGGAAGAAGCAAUACUUAGUAAUUAGUAUAUUUAAAAAUUGAUAAAUGUAUGUUUGAUAUUGAUUCUAAUUAACCGUCGUACAUGAAUAUUCAUUUUAAUUAGUUUUAUGUAUCGUCUGUAUUUUUAUCUACAGAUUACUUUAACUAGAAUAACCAUUAAAAAUUUUUAUCAAUUUCUAGAAAUAAAAAAUUUAUGAGGUAUAUAAUUUAAAAUUUUUAUAACGAAAAUCGCGUUCUUAAAGUCGAUGACAAUUUUACUUACUGUACCUAUAUUAAUCUUUUUUAGCUAAAUAUCAAUUUUAAAUUAAUUUAUUAAUAAUGAAUUUUAUUAUAAAUAACGCUGGAACGUUAAGGGUUAAACGCGUCCACAGUUUUUCGCUUUGGCCUAAAUUAUACUGUACAUAAUUUCGUUUUGUCACGAAUAAUUGGCACCAGGAUUAUAAAAAUCGAUCGUGAACGCACCGAACACAAGUAUUCUCUCAAAGAAACGAGACUUUCUGCUUUCGUGCACGUUUGAUCAGAAAGGAAAUUGCAUGUAACCUUUGCGAUAUCAUAGAAUCUUACUAAUCGAGUAAAUUAUUAAUAUUGAGUAAAUCUGCUAAUCAAAAAGAAGGGCUCGAUAUUUAAACUUUUACAACGUGGAUGAUGUUUACUCUGCAGCAAGUAAAAAUUCUAUUUGCCACUCGAAACCCACAUUUUCACUCGCUUUCCAGCUAUUGUAAUUUAAAAAUCAAGUCUAAAAUUAUUUUAUUGCAAUUGUCUACUAUAUUUAAAUAUAUAUGUAUUUAUUGAUUUGUUAUGGGGAUUCCUGUGACGUAUUUUGUAUAUGAAGAUCACAGGAGACAAACAUAAUAAGUACAUUUUUGUUGAUCCUCUGACUUUAAUAUCACUUUACGAUUAAACAAUAAUGUGAUUAAAUAACUUGUUAGAUUUAAAAAUAAUAUUAAUUAUCAAGACAUACAAUAUUUUAAUAUCAUGAUGAGGAAAAUUUGAAAGAGGAUGAAAAUACACGUGUCUAGCUUCACAAUCAAAUAAAAGAGAUAGUUCUGCUAACAUGAAAGUGAUUGACAUCGUACUGAAUUUUAAAACUGUUUCCCUGUAAUAAAUGUUUCUCUCCUGUACUCCUCAUAUAAGAUUUCAAUGCAUAUACAUGGUAAUUUAUAUUUACGAAACUUUUGUAAUUUUUGCUACGAUUUCUAAAUUUUGUUAUUUUAUAAUAUAUAAGAAAUAUUUGAAUAAAUCAGUGUUUAAAUUCGGUUUUUAAACAUUUUUAACAUUGUGAUUUUUUAAUAGAUCGCUUUUUAAGAAGGAAAUUUUUCGAUUAAAUUUUUCUAAUCUUUGAGGAAUAUUUGUAUUAUGAGAAUAAUGGAUCCCCUGUAGCAAUUCGGUAUUUUUCAGCAAAUCACGAACGAGUCAGUAUGUCGUGUCGCUUUUACACAAUUCACGAGAAGGGAAAACGUUUCUGUUACAGACAAAAAAUCAUUCCGUAGAAGUCUAUACUUAAUUUUAAACAAAUCAUAGAAAUACGCUAAGGCAAUGCUUAAUGGCACAAGCUCAAUAAUUUAUUACUAAGAAAGGCUUAGUUUCUCGUCUUUUCAGAUAUUUCGCCAGAGAAAUCGAAACAUGUUUCUUUCGUCUAUUAAAAAUAAGGAGAGUAAAUAGGAAUAAUUUCGAUACUGCCUGAUAUUCGAAACCGAGUGGAUUAAACCAUAUAAAUGGCUAAAGAGAAGUGUCCAUUAGAAAAUAUCCAAAAUUCUCUCACGCCGCUUUUGCGAAUAUAGGUGUGCGAUUAUCUGAAAAUCAAUUUUUACGCAGAGUACAGCAUUUUCUUAAUUUUAAGCUUGUUCUAACAACUAAUGAAAGAAAAUAACGAUAUGAAAGAUAGGAGAAAAAUAAUGAAUAACUGUAUUUAACUGGAAAAUCGUGAAAAUCUAAAAAAAAUUAUAUAAAUUAAUACGAUUUAGCUACAGCUCUUUUAUUAAAAAAAUGUAGAAUUGUGAUAUAUGUAUAUGUACGUGUGUACUUUAGUAUUUGUUAUUUUAAACAAUUGACCAGUAAAUGCAUUUAAAAAAAAAUAGUUUGAUCUGUUGCUUUUAUCGAAAAGAGAAAUUAUUUAUUUAUUCGAUCUUUUUAUCGGAUUUUUUAGCGCUUCUCGAAAAUACUGAUCGAGUUUAACACGAAACAAUCUCUUGUACACUCUCGAGUAUUUUCUUGAAAAAAGAAAAAAAAACAGUUUGGUACAGAGAAUUGUUUUAUUUAUAUUUAUAAACGAUUGCUAUAUUUAUGUAGCAAUUAUUUGUACAGUUUUGAUAUAAAUACUUCUGUUUAUUAUGAAUCGUAUAAUUUAUUUGCGUUCAAUAAAACUAUCAUAAAUAAUGUCGCUAUAGUAAUCAGUAUUUAUCAUGAUGGCAAAUAUUUUCCCAGGUAUUGUUUGAUUUUUAAAAAUUGUCUAUUUAUUGCCUUUAUAAUAAACUUAUGUACAGUCAUUAUUAGUCUGUCAUAUUUAAAAAAAAAAUAGUUUUAAUAAAAAUUAAUCUCUAUUUUAUAUAUUUGCAAUACAUAUUGUAUACUUUCAAUUUGAGGUUUAGAAAGAAUUCUUUAAUCAUAUUUUUUAAUAAUUAUUCUUAGUUAAAUUUUAUUAACAAUCUCAGUCAUAACUCUCUUAACAAUAAUAAUAAUAUAAAUAAUUAUAUAAAUAUAAAUUUACCGGGAAAUAUAUCGGCUAUCAUCGAUCAGUAUUCGUAGAUAUUUAUCGAUCAGUAUCAAUAUUGGAGUAACUUUCACCAUUGAUAGCGCCAACUUCAGUCGAGAAGGAAAAUAGUACUAAAGAACGUACAGAACUUUUUUCUUAUCGUUAUCGAAAGUAUGCGAGUGACUAAUAUAUGUCUUACUAACAUUAUUUAUCCUUUUCUACACGUUUGUACUUUAAGAAACUAUCGUGAAACUCUUCAGAUAUUAUAUUCAUUCAACGUUUUACACAAUGCAACGAGUCUCUGUCUGAAUAUACCUCGAUAUCUUGUUACGGAUCAUUUCGAAGUAACUAUAUAAACUGUACGUAUUCUGCGCAUUUAAACUGUAUUUCUAGAACUAGCGUUCGUUAACGAAUUAUUUGUUAGUGAUUUUCCUGUUGUAUACAAGGUUUUUGGACAGAUAACGCGCACACUACGAACAACGAUAUGAAUUUGUCACGAACAUUGUGGGGAAUAUUAUAACAUCAGGAGUAAAUAAAUUUUUAUUCACUUUUAA